CGGGUACGCGGAUGACGCUAGUGCGCUUGCCAUGGCCGGCCACGUUUCGGCGCUGCCAAUAUUGGGCGGCGCAACGAUCCACGGCCCGAAGGCGGCAGCCCGGACAGUUGUGGCCUUGCGGCCGUUCGCCGGGGGGCGUUUUGCCUGCGCCCGUCCCGGUUAGUUUUUCUGGCCGGCCCGCCGGGGGUCGUAGAGGCCCCCGGCGGACUUGCUGGGGGCGCUUUUCGAGGACUUCAAGGCCAGCACUGCAGAGGCUUGCCGCGAGUGCUUCCAAGCAGACACGCAGCGCCAGCACAGCGGGGCUGCGCUUAGCACGCCGGCGAUGAAGGCCGUCGCCUCGGGGCUGCCAAAGUAUUGAAGUUCCCAC